AUGGCCGGCCUCCUCACGAACAUCCUCGCCUUCAUCACUGGCCAAUGGAGCCUCAUCUCCCCGGACUGGAGGGACCCCGCGUCCCACGAUCCCAGCUGGUACCGCUACGUCCGCGCCAGUAAGUCCAAGACGAUCUUCCCGGCGCGGGUCUUGCCGGAUCUCACGCGCGGGGACGUCGCGAACCCCUCGGGCCUGGUCACCGGCGAAGGCGGGCCGACCGUCCUCACCCGGCUCUCCGAGUCUGAUGAGAUCCCGUCCGUGACGGUGGACUUUGGACAGAACACCGUCGGCAUCGUAUCCAUCUCCUUUGCCGGGUCUGAAACGCCGGACGGGAGUGGUGACGCCAGGCCCGGGAUCCGGCUGGCGUUCUCCGAGACGCUGCAGUUCCUGAGUAAUGUGAGCGACUUCUCGCGGUCGUAUAACGGGGACACGAUCACGCCUGGCAGCGAGCAGAUUGCCGUCCGCAGCGAGCCGUACGUCUGGACCGCGCAGCACGGGUGCCAGUACCCGGGCGACGGCGGCAAGGGCAAGGUCUGCGUGGACGGGCUGCACGGGUUCCGGUACCUGCGGAUCUACCUGGACGCGCUGCCGUCGGACACGCCGUACACGGCGCCGCGCGGGCAGGUGAAGAUCGCGUCGGUGAGCCUGGCGCUGUCGGCGUUCCACGGGACGCCGGAGACGUUCCGGGGGUGGUUCGAGUGCAGCGACCGCGAGCUGACGCGGUGGUGGUUCGACGGGGUGUACACGAACGACCUGUGCAUCGACACGUUCCGCGCGGAGGACAUUGAGCCGCGGGACGCGGAUAGCGAGUUUCUGGAGGGCCGGCUGGUGAUCCACGACGCGCCGAAGCGGGACCGGGACCCGUAUGUUGGGGACCUGGCUGUGGCGGCGCUGACUGCGUUUCUGUCGCACGGGGGGCUCGUGGCGGAGGCGAGCGGGAAUGUGUUGGCGGAUCUGGCCAGGCGGCAGAGGGGGGACGGGUGGAUUCCGCCGGCGAGCAUAAACAAUUACACGCUUCCGCUGUUUGAUUACCCCCUCUGGUGGGUUGUCUGCAGCCAUGACUAUGUGUGGUACACCGGCGACGUGGGCUAUCUCGAGACGUACUACCCGAAUCUGCUGGCUGUGAUGGAUAAGUGGUUUCCCUCCGUCACGAACUCGGACACGGGUCUGGUUACGAAAGGGCUGAACGGGACGGGCGGAUACGGAGACUACGCUUUCCUCCCAAGGCAGGGCCCGGUGACGUAUUACAACGCUCUAUACGUGCUCGCCCUCCGGCGGGCAGCAGAAAUGGCGGCGCAACUUGGGAAGACGGCCGAUCAGGAGAGGUGGAACUCGCGCGGGGAUGAUGUCGCCAAGGCGCUGGCCCAGAGGAACUUUGACUCGAGCGUCGGCGCAUUCUACGACGGCACGACGGGGGCGGACUCGGACGAGUACGUGGCCGCGCACGCGCAGGACGGCAACAGCAUCGCCAUCCUCGCCGACGUCGUAUCCGGGGACAAGGCCAAGGGCGUGCUGGCGUACUACGCCCGCGCGGCGUCGCGGGCGUACGGCAACGCGUUCUACGACUCGGACGCCGUCGGGCAGGGGUUCAGCCAGCGGGUGUACGCGUUCGUGUCCUACUUUGAGCUCGCGGCGCGGCUGAAGGUCGACGACGGGGAUGGCACGGCGGAGGGCGCGGUGGAGGAGAUGAAGCGGCUGUACGGGUGGAUGGGCGGGCAGGACCCCGGGGUGACGUUCUGGGAGGGCAUCGGGCCGGACGGGCGGCCGUAUGAGGACGGGUACACGAGCAUGGCGCACGGGUGGAGCACGGGUAUCGUGCCGCUGAUGAGCUCGUAUGUGCUCGGGGUGAAGCCGACGAGUCCCGGGUUCAAGACGUGGAGCGUGAUGCCGGUGAGGGCUGGGUUGAGGUGGGCGAGGGGUGUUGUGCCGACGCCUGAGGGGCAGGGGGUUGGGGUCGAGUGGGUUGAUGAGGGCGGAGGGAGGUUUAAGAUUGCCGUUCUUGCGGAGAGGGGGACCAAGGGGGUUGUUGGUGUACCUUUCGAGGAGGGGAUGGUGGUUGAGGUUGAUGAGCGGGUUGUGUUUAGUGGGAGAGUGAAGGAGGGGAGGGUUGAGGGCAAGAGGGUCGUGGUUGACGUCGAGGGGAAGGGAUGGGAGACCAGGACCGUCGUGACAGUAAGGGCGAUUGCAGAGGGACUUUAG